CACACGUACAUGCACGUCGCUAUAUAAGUGUAAUAAUCUUGGACGCGACGUUAAACCCCAUUUGAUCUCACCUUUUGUCGGUGAGUAUAUAAACGCUACACAAGGAAGGUGAGCUUCAGUAUCUAGACAACCUCAACACUAGCUAUUGAUCACUUAAAUCUCUUUGCCAGUGUACACAUUGUUCCUACACCCAGCACCAGCUGUUGCUGUGGAGUGAUGCUGGUUGGUACUGACAUUCAAACAUUCAAAAUAAUGAGUUAAAAUUGAGAAAGGUGAACUGUCUGUCACGGACCAGCGGAACAGCCCACCCCGUCGUAGUUUCAUUCUCACUUCAGUGUUGCUAUAACUGUAUUUACCGAGAAGCUACAGACCACUCUAACCACGUGGCAACUUUAACCAGCUGACUAUAUCAAAAUAUUGAUUUCCUGGUCCACGUCGGCUUUGAAAAUAUCUCAAUCACCUGAGGCCUACGCCACUCAACACCACAUGCGUCAUGGAGUCACGUGAUAAUUUGUCGUCUGCGGUUGGACUUAAUCGGCUGCUAGGACGUGUGGGCGUUUUAUGAAUGAACCUCUUCUUACAAUGUUGUCAUCAACGUGAGAGUAGACUCGGACCAUGUAUGUUCAACAGGCUGGAGAUCAGGUAUGGAGCGAUAUAAUAAUUUCAGGUGGACGCCUAACCUGGCCCACUAUCACCGCUUGCUUGAUGGGGAUGACAUUCCAACCGGCAGAGAACAGGGCGUCGUACCGUUAUGCACUGUCCCAUACUCUCCCUAUAAUAUCAACCAUCUCCCCGAUGAGGUCCUUGCCCGGAUUUUCGGCUACCUUCGCCCGAUUGAAGACCGCCUGCCUUCCCUGGCUCUCGUUUGCCAUAAAUGGAGACACAUCCUUUUAACGUCUGGUUUCCUAUGGAGAUCCCUCCAUAUCGACCCGUCACAAUAUUCCUACGGGCAUUUCAGCCUUGUGUGCUGCAUAUUUCGGCUAUACGGGUAUCAUGUUCAGAAACUUACAUGGCGGGAACAUUCGCUGGUUUACGAGAGCGUCUUCUCACUGAUAGCUCGACUAAGGAAUCUGAAGUAUCUGAGACUGCCUAUCCUAUGGACCAGGGCUGUAGUUGAGAGUCUCCAGACAUUAACAAACCUCGAACAUGUUCAGAUCAACGGCGGUUAUGCCUUAAGUGAUACGGACCUGGAAAGAAUCGGAAUGUACUUCCCUCGACUCCGUGAAGUUUCUAUAAAUGCCUGCUGGAGUAUCUCAAGCCAAGGGGUGGAGAGGUUUAUAGAUUCCCUGCGCAAUCUGGAGACAAUUAAACUUAAGAUUAACUCUGGCUUACCGCUAAACGACGUGAGAAGUGAACGCGCCAUGAGGGAAGGGGGACGAAUAGUGACGAGUUUAACUGAACAUGGCUACUCCAAGUUAAUUGGGGUGUUGUGUCUUCAUUUUGUGCCCGUGGAGAUGGAUCAGUUGUGGGACUCGGUCAACAGGAUGAGCAAUCUGAAGAAGCUGAGUAUAAGUAAUUGCGAGCAUCUGCAUGGCAUCCGGCUUGUAUCCAAGUCCCUUCAGAAGCUAUACCUCUUCAACCUGUGGAACGUCCUUUUCAUCAGCGUGGACGGCAAGGACCUCCGUUACAUCAACAUCGACGACGGUUUGGAGACAAUGGAACAUCUGGAGUUGUACACACCCAAACUCCGACGCGCUCGCAUCAACGGCAGCAACGCCAUGAAAACAAUCAGCAUCAAAAGCAACAAACUUUCUUUUCUGGAACUUUCCAACUGCGAAGAACUGGAUAUGCGUUCGUUGAGGGAGACUCUCAAAUCCAACCCGUCCAUUUUAUGUCUUAAGAUCGGAUGUCUUUCGCAGGACAGUUUGCUUCUGGACGAGCUGAUCAUCCCAAGUCUGCAUGAACUGUGUCUCUUGUCGGACUUCGCGUGUGAAGCCAUUCACAUCAGAAGCCCCACUCUCCGCCUGUUCCACACAGAAGCAGAAAAUGACAUUAUUACACUCAAUCAUAUCUACAUCACUGCCAACCACAUAUGCAAGAUAGCGUUAGUGGGGAUGCCAGCCUUGAAAACAAUGACGAUUCAGUGCGUGAGUGUGGACUCGAUAGAGUUGAACCUUUGCAGUGACGAGCAGAUCAUUCUAGAUUCCUGCGUCAUCCAUGCCAUGGGCGCGAUAGGGUUCUUGAGACUCUUUGACUGCAAGCUAAACUUGCUGUCAGUCAGUACCCCGCAGGCCGAAACAGUUGUCCUCUAUCGUUGCCAGAUGACCAACUAUGUUCUUCAGAUGGCGCUGAACGGCUGCCACAAUAUAUCUCACCUCAACUUGGAAAAAUGCAAGAGUAUAACCCAAGUGUCUGUGGAUGCUCCUCCGAUGAUGUUCCUCAACAUGUUCGGGUGCCGAGAGGUCCAUCGCCUGGACUUGGACUGUCCGCAGCUGUUAGCUCUCAAUCUUGGCCAAUGUCCAAACGUACGCUUGUUCCUGAAGGGCGUGGAACAAGACUUGACCACGUGCUGUGACCAUCCGAAGAUCGUCAGUCCCACGGGAUCCAUACGAUGGAGCCAUCAUUUCCCGCCACUGCAUAUAUGUGGAUUGUGACGUGUAUUUAAUGCACCAUUUCCGUGAUCUCAAAAUAUGCACAAGUGAUGUUUACUUUUCACAAUGCUAGUUUAUACUGAUAAAAAAAUAAUGUAACGACCAAAAGGAAAAGGAAUGUUUGGUAUGAAUGUUACAAUGAUAGAGAGAUUAUUCUGUAAAGUUGCACAUAAUACUAACUGACUUAAUGUAUUGAUAUGAUGCAUUUUACUUAACAAAGUAAUAACUUUAAAUCAGCACAAUUUAGACCGUUCCGUUAUAUUUUGCCAUCAGUAAGUAUGCAAAUUAUCACUGCUGGGGCAAUUGCAUACUAUAUCCUUAGAGGCGUGUAGCACUCUUAAAUCUUAAAUAUUCGAUUUAAACAAAAUUUCGUAACUAAUCGACUUUUGAAUACUUAUUUCAUACUAUUUACAUAAACGUUAACUAUUGUUUUAUUUCGUGCAGUACUCGAAAUAUCCCCAUAAAAUUAUGAAUAGUAUGUUUUCAACAUGACAUGAAAACACCUUACAAAGAAACAGAAGUGCUGCCAAUGUCUCCAGUCCCUAUCAUCACAACUUUCUACAGAUUCUGAUUUACAAACUGUUUUGUCCUGAAACCGGUAAUCUACUAUAUAUUAGAUCAUGUGUUAUAUUAACGAAGUACGUAUAUAUGGUAUUUAGGGUGUUUCCCGAUCUCAUGCACUAAGGUUACCAAAGGGUUUUAUUGAUAUAUAUAUAUAGACAAUUAAAAUUAGAAAACAAUUAAAUCAUUGUUUAAUACUCAGGCGCGAGGCAUUAUCAAAUUCGUGUCAUUUUCUUACAGUACUAUGCGGCGAAUUCAGGGUUACUAAAUGUUGCCAUGAUGUACAGAUGCAUAACAUAGAACGACUGAAGUGAUAGUUUUCAAAAGUUAAAAGUUGAUGCCACUGUCCCUAAAAGGAGUUUUUAGAUUUUGCUGACUCAGCACAAUGAAUCUAGGAUAGGAAGUAGAUAUUAUUGAUCUCCUACUCUAAUCAUACUGGGAUAUCGAUCAAUAUCUGAGAACAUUUGUGAUAUCGAUAUGCAGUGGAUGGAUCUCUAACACUAACACCUCAUGCUUGAUACAACAAUCAUGAUUGCAAGCUUCGUUCAAAAUAGGCAAUCACAAUGAUGUCCUCACAUGGCACACCUGAUGUGGUGCCAUCUUUACAACCAGGUGGUAUGUACACUGAAGGUAUAACUAUGGAUGGUAUGGUAGUUCUGAGAAAUAUGAACAUUGCAGCUGUGAGUGUGAGUGGUUUCCACGGGGAUUUUGUUGGUGGUUGGAUUGGGAAGUCGUAUCAGAGUGAGUGAGUGAGUUUGGUUUUACGCGCUUUUAGCAAUAUUCCAGCAAUAUCACGGCGGGGGACACCAGACAUGGGUCGAAACCGGUCUUCGUCGCGACAAGCGAAAGCUGUAACCACUAGACCACCCGACCGCCCCUCCGAUGAGAGAGUCGCUGUAAUUAUUCAGUUUGGGACUGCUAUUAUCCUAGGUUAAAAGAUACGAAUGGAUGUGUGUAUUUAUUUGUGCGAGUGUGCAUGUGUAUGCUGUUACCUACAGACGUUGGCCUACAGUGAUACUACACUUGGUCUCCUACUGUUCCAUAGUGGGCUUCGAACGGUAAAUAGAAGGAACAAUACCCUUUCCAUAUAAAUAAGACACCUCUGCCAAAAGCAAAGUCCAUUAGGCGAUUCCGGCUUUAUCGUGAGUAUGUGCCCCCGAUUCACAUCCAGACAAUGGUGAGACCAAGUGUUCGUUUUGAAACGUUUUGCUUCAGUACAAUUAAUAACUAUUCAAGUUGGGAAACUUCUUUGACCUUUUGUAAAACGCCUGAUAACUCGUAUUUUAUCUCUUAAACCUACAUUAACACCAAGUACAGAGUUGAGUAUACAUAUUUGAAUAAUAUGUUCAACGCUUCCGAAAUGUCCAAAUGCAUCCUUUUGCUCGCAUUUUGCCCCACCACUGAAAGUAAAUAAUUUGAGGAGUCUUUCAAUAAAUUGUGAGUGAGUUGGGUUUAACGCCGCUUUUAACAGUAUUCCAGUUAUAUCACAGCGUGUCAGCUUAAUGUGGGAG